AUGUGGUCUUCAAUCGUUGGCUUUUCUCUCUUUGGCCUUGCGGCGCGCAUGGGCCAGCUCGGCAUCCAAAAGCGCAACCUCUUCGAUAACAUAGGUGGACACGCUCUCGCGAUGGGUGUCUUCGGAUACGCGGGCUACUGGGCGCACCGGUGGGAUGUCCGCGCGGGUGAGAUACUCAAAGAGAAGCGUGCACAGAUUGCAGCGCGGAGAGGCGUUACAGUUGAGGAGUUAUAA